AUUUGAAUCUUGAGGAAUUGAUAUUUUGCGAUUAUUUUAACCUUUUUGGUAGCGAAAUUUAAUUUUUCGGCUUAAAAUAAAAUUCCUACAAAAAACUUAUUAGCAUAAAUUUUAUUAUAAUGGAAAAUUUGCCUGAGAUUGAAAAUCACCGGCACAGUAAGAUUACUGCAGCCUUUUUUCAGGAUUCGCCGACUCAUCAACUACAGCAAUACUUAAUUCCUUCGAAUGUAAAAAAAGUAUCUGAUAGACCCACACGAAUUUUUUUGGAAUCUAUAGCUUCCGAAGAACAUCAAGUUAAACAGUUUCAUGAAAAAGAGUUACAAUCGACAGCUGAAAAUCCAUUCGUAAAACUACAGGAUAAUUUGCAUAAUAUUACAGUAAAGCUCGGAUCGCAAAAGAAAGAAGCACUUUCAAGAGAGAAAAAUCGUCAAAAGUUAAGACAAAAUAAUACUGAAUUGCGUUUACUACUACGACAAAUUAAAAAUGCCAAAAUUUUACACUCUCAAAUCAAAUAUAGAGAAAAUGUAGAUAGUAAGAAGAUACCGGCUUAUGUUGCAAAGAGAAAUCAGGUAGUGGAAAAUAUUGAAUAUAUGAACAAAGUAGCGGAACUCGAGAAAGCAGAAAGAGACGACAUGUUGAAGAAAAAAUUCGAUUUACGUCAAAGUUUAUUGAAGCAGAUUGAGGAGAAGCAAAACUUUAGAAACGAAGAAUACCAGUUGAAGUUAAAGGAACGUGAGCACAUGAGAACUAUGAUGCGACAUCUACAAGAACAAGAUAGAUACGAACAAAUGGAAGAGAAGAUACAACAAAAAGAAGACUAUGAUCGUAUACUGAGAUUUAAGAAUAUAAGGAAUAUAGUGAAAAAGCAGAAAAACGAAAGAGAAAAUCACGCGCCUUUGUUGGAUAUCCUUGGUGUACGUGAACAGUAUGUUGAAAAACUUAGAGCAGAGAAAAAAGCUUUAAGACAGAAAAGAGAUGUAUUAAGUAAUGCCAUUGGCGAACAAUUACGAUUAGCUUACGUAGAAAAAGAACAACGACAAAAUCUAUUGCAGGAUUUGCUAGUAGAAGAACGUAAAGCUAAUGAAGAUAAACGUUACAAAAAACGUUUAGAGGAAGAAAUGGAAAUGCGUCACAAAACAAAGUUGGAAAUGCAAAGGUUUCAAAAACUUAAAGAAACGAAUAAAAAAAUCAAAGCUCAAGAGCAUAAGAAAAUUGCAACGGAGAAACAAAUUACCAUGGUCGACAUUAUGGCAGAAAACGAAAAGAUUGCUCACCAACUUCAGGAAGAGAGAAGACGACAGUAUCGUAUUGAUAUUAAUCAACAAUUAAAGGAAAAUAGACACCAUCGUGAAGGAGAGUUACUAUUGAAGAAAAAAAUUGAGAAAGAUUGCAGUGACUUGCAGCAAAAGUUUGAAAAUGAUAUCGAAAUGGAACGUAUGUAUUUGUUAGGUAAUCAGCCGGAUAGUAUUUUACAACAGUUGCAAGUAAAGAAUAUAGAGCUUAUGAAGAAGCGUAAAUAUUUAAAUGAUCAAAAAUUACCAUUAAAGGCUAAAGGAAGUAAAAUACUGAAAUUAUUGUAAUUAAGGAAGAUUUUAUAAAUUCAAAAAAUAACAAAAA